CGUGCUUGGGCCAACUUUCGAGAUGGACUUCUGCAUGAAUGGAAACUGUAUUCUGGCAUUUGCUCCGUGAUAUUGACGUGGCUUCAGGACGCGAAACGCCUCUCACCGUCCAAGUGGCAAGGGCCUACUAUCCUACUCGCUGCGCCGGCGGCGUGGUGCUGUUGAUUGAUAGGGCCUGCAUCUCGUUCGUCGUCCUUGUCUUCAUACUCGUUUGGGACAACUCUACGGUCCAGAACGAUAACUUCUGCGCUGCGUCGUUCCGUGCUCCUUACGUCUCGGCUGCGUCCGCAAUAGUGGUGACUAUCGCGGUGGUAGCGGGGACUGUCCACUUGAUUGUCAACGUUUCAGCCUUUUACAGGCUCGGGGAAAGCCUCAAUGGCGUCGAUCUCGAGAUUGCUCUUCCGUCUCAAGGCGAGAUGGAGUCCGAGAUGACUGCCGUGGGCAGUGAGGAAUCUCCCGUCACAGAGGGCGGAAGUGAAGAGGAUGUUGAGAUCAUUGCACGAAGUGGUUAACGGGUCUUCCUUCAUACCAAAUUCAUCCUGCUAGAUAUAUGUUGUUUUCUGCUAUCGGUUUGGACUUGCUCUUGUUUUCGGAAGUUACGUCUCGGCAUGCACUGUGGUCAGAUACCCUGUACUGUAUUCCACCUUGC